UCCGCGGGGAGCGGCGGGCGCCGGGCGGCCGGUUCGGGGUCCUCGCGGGUCCUCGGCAGGCCCGGGGGAGGGCCCUCUUUGUGGCUGCAGUUGGCAAGAUGGCGCCGGUGGGGGUAGAAAAGAAGCUGCUGUUGGGUCCCAACGGGCCCGCGGUGGCGGCCGCCGGCGACCUAACUAGCGAAGAGGAGGAGGGUCAGAGUCUAUGGUCUUCGAUCUUGAGCGAAGUGUCCACCCGCGCCAGGUCCAAACUGCCGUCUGGCAAGAACAUCCUGGUGUUCGGUGAAGAUGGUUCUGGUAAAACAACUCUCAUGACGAAACUACAAGGGGCUGAACAUGGCAAGAAGGGCAGAGGCCUGGAAUAUCUCUACCUCAGCGUUCAUGAUGAGGACCGAGAUGAUCACACACGCUGUAAUGUUUGGAUUCUGGAUGGAGACCUGUACCACAAAGGCCUGCUGAAAUUCGCAAUGUCUGCGGAAUCCUUGCCGGAGACCUUGGUCAUUUUUGUUGCAGACAUGUCUAGGCCUUGGACUGUGAUGGAAUCCUUGCAGAAAUGGGCUAGUGUUUUACGUGAGCACAUUGAUAAGAUGAAAAUUCCGCCAGAAGAAAUACGGGAGCUAGAACGGAAGUUUGUGAAAGAUUUUCAAGACUAUGUUGAGCCCGAAGAAGGUUGUCAAGGUUCCCCCCAGAGAAGAGGCCCUCUGACCACAGGCUCAGAUGAGGAGAGCGUUGCUUUGCCCCUGGGGGACAACGUGCUGACUCACAACCUGGGGAUUCCCGUGCUGGUGGUGUGCACAAAGUGUGAUGCCAUGAGCGUCCUGGAAAAGGAACACGACUACAAGGACGAGCACCUGGACUUCAUCCAGUCGCACCUGCGCAGGUUCUGCCUCCAGUAUGGAGCUGCCUUGAUUUACACAUCAGUGAAAGAAGAGAAAAACCUCGACUUACUGUAUAAGUACAUCGUGCAUAAAACAUACGGGUUCCACUUUACCACACCUGCCUUAGUUGUGGAAAAGGAUGCAGUUUUUAUACCUGCAGGCUGGGACAAUGAGAAGAAAAUCGCUAUUUUACAUGAAAACUUCACAACUGUGAAGCCAGAAGAUGCAUAUGAAGACUUUAUUGUGAAACCCCCUGUGAGAAAGCUGGUCCAUGACAAAGAGUUAGCAGCGGAGGAUGAGCAGGUGUUCCUAAUGAAGCAACAGUCACUCCUUGCCAAGCAGCCAGCCACGGCCACAAGAGCCUCCGAAUCCCCUGCGAGAGGACCCUCUGGCUCUCCAAGGACCCAGGGCCGAGGAGGGCCAGCCAGUGUGCCCAGUGCUUCCCCUGGCACGUCAGUGAAGAAGCCAGACCCAAACAUCAAAAAUAAUGCAGCCAGUGAAGGCGUGCUGGCCAGCUUCUUCAACAGUCUUUUGAGUAAAAAAACCGGUUCCCCUGGAAGUCCUGGUGCUGGAGGGGCACAGAGCACAGCCAAGAAGUCAGGACAAAAGACUGUGUUAUCAAAUGUUCAGGAAGAACUGGAUAGAAUGACUCGAAAGCCAGACUCCAUGGUAACAAACUCUUCAACAGAAAAUGAAGCCUGAUCCUCCUUACAAAGUGCAUAUGUCAAAUGACCAAAUAACUCUGUAUAUUGAUCUGCUAAGACCAGGAUUUUUCUGAUAUGGCACAUGCUAUCAGUUUUGGGGCAGGGGAGAUGAACUCUAAACAAACAAAAAACUUCAUUGGCUUGUCCAGGUGUGAAAUACACAUUGAGGAAGGUUGUACGUCAGACCCCUUACUAAGGAAAACCCUUGGACUCUUGGGUUGUGCUCUCGUUGGCAGGGAGUGCCGCUGCUUUCUUGUGGAGGGAAAGUAGAGCGAGAGAGGGAGGGCCCCUUUCCUGUCGGGUGGAGCAGAAGAGCCUAGGCAAUCAUUGACCUGAGAGGGUGGUGUCUGACCAUUUGUGUGUUAGCAAAUUCACUUGUUCUUGGAGGCAGAUUAAGUAGCAGAAAGUGCAGGAAAGGGAGCGACUGGAGGGGGAAGCGAGAGAAGUGAUGAUGGAGAAGCUGAACGUGAGGGAGGUGGAGGAGUAGGAGGUGAGCAGUGUUAACAGACUGUGUUUACAAGUCGAGUAAUCAUUGUUUAAGACUUACCAAUUAGAAACAUUUCCAAACUAAACACUAAGCAAAUGGGAAUUAGACCUGUUCUUGAAGCAUUUUGCACUAAUAAAGAUGUGUUAAGUGCGAGGCGUCUGAGUCAGCUGGCGCUGCUGCCCAGGGUCCACAUACUUGGCCAAGCCAUGUUCUGAUGGGAGGCCCUAGGCUCCACGCACAUGCGUGGUGGGGCAGACAGUCACUGCAGAAUGUAUUCAAAGUCAGCAGUUUAAUUUACUUUAACUUGUGUUUUCUAAAUAGUUCUUGCUUUUUAAAUUGUUAUUAAUUAUUUUUUAACUACCACAGGCUGGCCUAUAAUAGGAAUGGGGUGACCGCCCUCCCUUUGUCGUGGUGCAGUGCGCUGCACAGUGUGGGGACAGUUCACAGGCCAUUGCACUCCAGUUACCUGGCUCGCAGCAGGCCCUGCCUCCUAGCUGGGGGACCUUCAGAGUCCUGGCUCCCUGGUCUGACCAGUGCUAUUAGGUGGACAAAUAUGUGGGAGUCUUUUUUACUGAAGAUGAAAGUUAAAGAUUUUUGUGUUUUACAUAAAAUGUAGCACUUUGUUUUCGUAUGGAAAUGAUAGUUUCAGAUAUCUCCCAUUUAGGGCAAAUCCAUGCACAUUGUCAUGUCACAUCACUAUUCUGGGAUUGAGUUCUGUGAAUUUGGAAUGGCACUUUUUAAUUUUAUAUAUGAUACAGCGUUGAGAUGCAAACACUACCAUGAACUGUGUUGUCAAACCAAGGGAGAGAACCACACUUCACAUACAUGGCAUUUCCUAUGAGUGUUGUCCUGUCUCAGCAUCACUUCUGUAAUGUUAUGAUAUGUACAUACCUGCUCUGACUGACCACUAAUGUGCUGGGCAUCACAGCAUAGCCUGUGUGAUGUAACAAGACCCAUAAAACUGUCUUGACUUGCUUAUAAGGUCUGAACACUGUUGAUGAGAAAGUUGAGUAUUUACUUGCCUUUCUGACGAGCAAAAAUAUGUUUCUUGUGCCAGUUUUUGUUGUUGAAAUAUAUUAUUUUUUUCUUAAAUUUUUUUUCUUUUAAUAUAUUGUGGCUUCCUAUUAUCAGGUUGUCUAGGUGAUGAUGGCAAACUCUGUGGAAUGAUAGUAAUGGUGUGAUGACCAACAGAGUCCAAACAGCUUGUGGCCACACCAAAGGGCAGGGAGUAGAAGGGAUACUUACUGCUUCUGCAGCAGGCGGGGGCAAAAUGAGUGACCUCAGGAGUCGGAAAGCAUUUUAGGAAGGGCACAUGCCCAAGAGGGAUGUGGUGUGGUUUGAAAUUUUAAUGCAGAAUUUUAAAUUGUUUUUAUUUUUUAUCCUUUGAACUGAUAAGCACUUUGUGUGUCAAUAUCAAAUGUCCUGAGCACGCAGAAAAAGGUCCAGACACCGGUCUUGGGAAGGAAGGGAUUCAUGGAGACUACUUCCUGGCUCUUAUGUCAGAGGGCUGCUCCUUGGAGCGGGAGUAACUGGGGCACAGCGUCUGUGCUCAGUGCUUGCCAAAGCCAACCUACCCUGAGGAGCUGCAGGGUUCUUCCUGGGCUGGAAGGAGAGAGGACUUUGUUACUUUAGGGUUCUCAAGCAUUGGAACCAAAGGCCAAAUAAUAGCCUUUACUCAUUAAAGUAAGAUUCAUUUUAUUUGCAGAAUACACUUGUAUGGUAGACUGUUAAAGAAAAUUUUAUGGCUAUUUAUACACAUUAUAAUAAUCACAUCUACUAUUUGUCUUUAAAAUGGAAAAAUCAAAGAAAAAUAAGCCCAGCCUUGAAGAGGGGGCCUAGAUGAAGGCCCAUGAAUUGGUCUUUUCUAAAAAAAUGCAACAGGUAUGCUGCUAGAUUAUUUUAUUUUGUUUGCUUUUUUUUUUUUUUUUUUUUUUUGGUUUGGCCUUUUAAGAUCAGUAUUUAAACUGUUUUAUUAAUUUAACAAAGUUGAAAGUGACUGCUCUGUACAUCAUGAUCAUAACAUGUUGAUGCUGUAAGUGAAAGUUCGCUGUCAUCUAGAUACUAAGUUUAUUGGUGUUUUUAACGUCAAACUAGGACUGCAGGUUAUCUGUCCCCCACCAGCCUUAGACAGGGGUAUGACUCAAUCUGGGGGCCGUAUGCAGUCAUGUGGAACCUUGCUUUCUAGUGCUCGGGGGAAAUGUCUAAUUACUGGCUUCAAUAAACAUGAAUCCAGACUG